AUGUUCCGUUACCUUAAGAAGCGUCUGAUGUCCUUUUUUAAAAUCUUAAAAAUAUGGAUUACUAGAGAGUCUGCUAAUAAUAUCGAUUGGUCCAUUGAGUUGAACAUCAAUUUAUCAGAAGAUUUGGCCAGUAAAUUGUUGGUGGAUUCUUUCAUGAAUUUGCAAGAUGUUUCAUUUAGUGAAAUACCGCCUAACCAGGUGGUCGGGAAAUUGAACAGAGAAUAUAUAGAAGUGCUGAACCAUAUCAUCAACAUAAAAGUGAGUGACCUGAUUAAUCGCAUGAACAAUAAGGUAAAGCGUGUUCAUUUGAAUACAAUUGUAAAAUCUGCAAGAGCAAUAUUUCCACGCAUAAAGAUAAAUGGGAGCAGUUUGUUAUUGUUCUUUGUAAAUACAAUGGACUUUGAUACAGAUGAAGCAUUGUACAUGACAAAUCUAUUGUCGUCACAUAUCAUCAUAUUCACAAUUCUUAAUCAUUAUCUGACUGUGUUGAAUGUCGGUUGCUUUUAUCGUAAUCUAUCUUCAACUUCACAAAAUACUUAUAAAGCUCGCUUGAAUGAUUAUGAUUAUGCUGUAUACCUGUGUAAAAAAGAAAUUGAAGAAAACAUUCAUGGAGAUUUGCUGAACUAUAAAGUGAAAAAAAGUGCAAAAGCUAAAGUAGAUGUUAAUAAAUGGGAAUUUGAGUUUGUACCAUCACAUUAUAAAUUGCUCACAUCUAAUAAUACAAUUGUAAUGUUAUAA